CUGUGGGAGGCCGGCGCUCACCAUGCGCCCCGGCUCAGGAUGGGGAACACCAUCCGGGCCCUCAUUGCCUUCGUCCCUGCCAACGACUGCCAGAACUACCUCCUCGGAGACCUCCAGGAGAUGCCAUUGGACAAGAUGGUGGACCUGAGCAGCAGCCAGCUGCGAAGGUUCCCCUUACAUGUGUGCUCCUUCAAGGAGCUGGUAAAGCUCUACCUGAGUGACAACAAUUUAAACAGCCUGCCCCCGGAACUGGAGCAGCUGCAGAACCUUCAGAUCCUGGCCUUGGAUUUCAACAAUUUCAAAGCCUUGCCUCCGGUGGUGUGUACGCUGAAGCAACUUUGCAUCCUCUACCUAGGGAACAAUAAGCUGCGUGACCUGCCCUUGGAGCUGAGCUUGCUGCAGAACCUCAAGACCCUCUGGAUAGAGAAUAACUGUCUGGCCCAACUGCCCGAGGUCGUCUGUGAGUUGAGCCUGCUCAAAACCCUGCAUGCUGGCUCCAACGCCCUGCGCCUACUCCCCAGGAGACUGAGUGGCCUCCAGGAGCUGAGGACCAUCUGGCUCUCGGGCAACCUGCUGACCGAUUUCCCCCCGGUGCUGCUCCACAUGCCCUUCCUAGAAGUCAUCGAUGUGGAUCGAAACAACAUCUCCUACUUUCCCAGCCUGGCUCACCUGUCAGGCCUGAAGCUGGUCAUCUAUGACCACAAUCCAUGCCGGAAUGCCCCUAAGGUGGCGAAGGGGGUACGGCGAGUGGGGAGGUGGUCAGAGGAAACCCCCGAGCCUGAUCCCAGAAAAGCCAGGCGGCUUCGGAUGGCCAAGCUGGAGGCUGAUGAGGUCCCGGCACCGGCUCCCCCGGCCCCUCGUCUUCCUAAUUCUGAGAAACUUGACUAG